AUGGUCGCCAUAUCAGCCGUACGCGCAUCCAACAGCGCUGUUCGUUCGACCAUUGGCUCCUCCCCCACCGCCGUCUUUGCCGGAUCGACUGAAGGCAUUGGCUAUGCCACAAUGCGAGCCUUUGUAGCGAACACGGAAAGCCCAAACAUAUACUUCGUGGGGCGAUCACAGCAGAAAGGAGAAAGCGUCAUCCAGGAGCUGAAGCAAGUGAAUGACAAAGCUCAGUACGAAUUCAUAGCUGGAGAGUUCACGCUCCUAUCAGACGUCGACCGCAUGGCCACCAUCAUCAUCGACAAGACUUCUUCCACGGGCAUCGACUACGUAUGCGUAAGCCCAGGUUUCCUCUCACUCGGCCGACAAGAAACAAAAGAAGGUCUAGAUCGCCUGAUGACAAUCCGCUACUACUCCCGCCUCCUCUUCAUUCACACUCUCCUCUCCUCCCUCCCGCCCCCAAAACGCCCCAAACACGUCCUCUCCGUCCUGGCCGGCACGACCGAAGCGCCCGUUCUCGAAACCGACCUCUCCCUCUCCUCACCGGCCAACUACGGCAAAUUCCUCCCCUGCGCCGCACACACCGCGACCUUUACUUCCCUCGCCUUCGAGCACCUCGCGAAACAAUACCCAGAUACGGCAUUCGUGCAUUCUUAUCCGGGGCUUGUGAAGACCGGGGGUGUGACGGGCUGGAUCGGUAAUGCGUGGGUGAGGUGGUUGGUGGAGUGGACGCUGCUGCCGUUGACGACGCCGUUCGCGGUGCCCGUUACAGAGGUGGGGGAACGAGGGUUGUUUUAUUUGACUAGCGAGAGGUUUGCGAGUCGGGAAGGGAAAGAGGGGAGGGGCAGAGGUGGGAAUGUGCGGUUGGUGCAGGGGGUGGAGGAGGCGAAGGGAGAGGGGGCCUACUCAGUCGCGAGGUAUGGAGAUGAGGGGGAGGGGGAGUGCAUGAAGGGGUAUAGGGAGCGUGGCUUUGGGGAGACUGUGUGGAAGCAUAGUUUGUGGGUAUUUGAGAGGGCAUUGAGGAAGAGUGUGUGA